AGAAGAAGGAGGACACGAUUGAGCAGAAAGGAGCAGGCAAAGCGCCCAAAAGGCAAUGAGCUCUCCCCAUUGUUAGCACUACUUGACCCCCCCUGACCUCUUCACGACACAGAUGUCUGCUACCUCUACCACCUCCCACCGCUUAAGGACAGCCCUCCCUCCUAUCCUGCACCUGGGUAGCUGAGCCUGGCCGUCUGCCGGCAGUGAGCUGUUUGACUUUAGAGGGAGACAAACUGACAGAGUAGAGAGACUGCAGGAGAGAAAGAGAAAUAAACAGAGUGAAGGGGAGGAGGAGGAGGAGAAGGAGAAGGAGGAGGGGAGGCAGAAGAGAUCGCAGCCUUAUGGUGGAAAUCAGCACAGAUCAGUCUCGUUCCUCCUCUAAGACAGACCCACACACCGCUUCUAAUAAAUGUCUCGCCUUUCUGCAGACCACCAGUGACAGCAGCAAUUCUUGACAUCCCAGAUCAAUCUUGCCUGCAACACCAGGAUCUUGUCACUGCUGCAAUUAGACUUCAGCUUGGAGACUCUGCAGGGUUAUUAUUAUUAUUAUUUUUGUCCCUUUCCUUUUUUUGGGUCCCCCCCCCACUCCCUGCCUCCCCACUAGGAACUGGAGGAGUUUCCUUGAAGCUGAGGGCAGCUGGAGUUGCUCACUUAGUUUUGACUUAUUCUGGACGUGGAUCAUCUGGACUUGCUGAAUUCCUUCUUUUCCACAGCACUUUUUUUUUCUCCACCCUCCUUAUUUUUUUCCCCUUCCAAUCUCCACUUGAGCUCAUCAGGGGACAGGAACUUUUAUUUGCAGAUACAAGCCUGUGGCGAAUGGUGGGAAUUUCAAGCCCUUUUCAGUAUCGCACUGAGAAGCGUUCCACAAUGCCAGACUCACCUGUGGAUAUAAAAACGCAGUCCAGGCUAACGCCUCCUACGAUGCCACCUCCACCGACCACGCAAGGAGCUCCACGAACCAGCUCGUUCACCCCAACAACAUUGACAAAUGGCACAAGCCAUUCACCAACAGCACUGAAUGGAGCCCCAUCACCUCCCAAUGGCUUUAGCAACGGACCUUCCUCUUCUUCCUCAUCGUCUCUGGCAAAUCAGCAGUUGCCUCCUGCCUGUGGCGCAAGACAGCUCAGUAAGCUGAAAAGGUUCCUCACCACUUUACAGCAGUUUGGUAACGACAUCUCACCAGAAAUUGGAGAAAGAGUGCGCACGCUCGUGCUUGGACUCGUGAAUUCUACAUUGACAAUUGAAGAAUUUCAUUCCAAACUGCAAGAAGCUACAAACUUCCCACUGCGACCCUUUGUCAUCCCAUUUUUGAAGGCCAAUCUGCCCCUGUUACAGCGGGAGCUUCUGCACUGCGCAAGGCUGGCCAAACAGAACCCAGCCCAGUACCUCGCUCAGCAUGAACAGCUGCUUCUGGAUGCCAGCACCACCUCACCUGUUGACUCCUCAGAGUUGCUUCUCGAUGUGAACGAAAACGGGAAGAGGAGAACUCCAGAUAGAACCAAAGAAAACGGCUUUGACAGAGAGCCUUUGCACUCAGAGCAUCCAAGCAAGCGGCCGUGCACUAUAAGCCCUGGCCAGCGGUACAGUCCAAAUAACGGCUUAUCCUAUCAACCCAAUGGUCUGCCUCACCCAACCCCACCACCUCCUCAACAUUAUCGUUUGGAUGAUAUGGCCAUUGCCCACCACUACAGGGACUCGUACAGACACCCCAACCACAGAGACCUCAGGGACAGAAACAGACCUAUGGGGUUGCAUGGAACUCGUCAGGAAGAAAUGAUUGACCAUAGACUGACUGACAGAGAAUGGGCAGAAGAAUGGAAGCACCUUGAUCAUCUGUUGAACUGCAUAAUGGAUAUGGUGGAAAAAACAAGACGUUCUCUCACUGUGCUGCGAAGAUGUCAGGAGGCCGACCGCGAGGAGCUUAAUUACUGGAUCAGGCGGUACAGCGAUGCGGAGGAUUUAAAAAAAGGUAGCAGCAGCAGCAGCAGUCAUUCCCGACAGCAGAGUCCUGUGAAUCCAGAUCCUGUCUCCUUAGAAUCGCAUCGGGAAUUCCUUCACAGGCCUGCUUCUGGAUACGUGCCAGAGGAAAUCUGGAAGAAAGCUGAGGAAGCAGUAAAUGAGGUUAAGCGGCAGGCAAUGGCAGAGUUACAGAAAGCAGUUUCCGAAGCAGAAAGGAAAGCCCAUGAAAUGAUCACUACAGAACGUGCAAAAAUGGAAAGAACCGUCGCGGAAGCAAAACGCCAAGCUGCAGAAGAUGCACUUUCUGUUAUUAAUCAGCAGGAAGAUUCAAGCGAGAGCUGCUGGAAUUGUGGUCGGAAAGCAAGCGAAACCUGCAGUGGCUGUAACACCGCACGGUACUGUGGAUCCUUUUGCCAACACAAAGACUGGGAGAAACACCAUCACAUCUGUGGACAGACUCUUCAAGCUCAACAGCAGGGGGAGACACCAGCAGUUAGUUCCUCUGUCACACCCAGCAGUGGCGCUGGAAGCCCAAUUGAUACACCACCAGCAGCCACUCCGCGGUCUACUACCCCUGGUACUCCAUCCACCAUAGAGACAGCUGCCCGUUAAAAAAACAUAAAAAGACAAAAAACGGAAUUGUUCCAAACUUUAAAGACAAAAAUGAAACUAUUUCCUCAUUCUCAGAUGUUCAAAGAUUUAAAACGAACUAUCCUAAAUCAGUGCUACAACUACAGUGGACUUCUUUUAUCUUGAGGUAGUAGCAGAACACAAUAGGCCAGUAACGGGUCACAAUGACUUCUUACGGAAAACAAAGAUAUCUUUUCUUUAGAAAAGUAAAAACAAAAAAGAAGAGAGCAAAGAAUAUAACACACACAAAAAACAAACAAAAAAAAAACAAAGCAAAUGCUAGAUUUGACCUCCUCCCUGGUAUUUUUCAGUAGCUGGGAUUUUAAACUAAAUGACCUCAUUAACAAAUGCUUUACCAAACAGCAAACCAAGAGAUUGCUAAUUGCUGUUGAAAGCAAAAAUGCUAAUAUAAAAAAAAAUGGAAUCACAUGCAAUGAUGGAAAUAUUGAGUGAAAACACCUCAAGGGCAUGAACAUUGGAUACAGCAGUAGACAUUUUAAUAAGGAGAUGAAUGGCGUCCGUGGGUAACUGACUGAACUUUGAAGACCCGCUAGGAGAAAAAAAAUGACAAAAAAUACACAUGUGCAGCAGAUUGGAAGGAAACACAGAUGUUCGAUUUUGUUCUGUUUCUGAAUUAAAUAAAAUAAUAUCCAGGACAAAGGAAUUAAAAACAAAGGAAAGAUGAUUUGCAGCGGGAUAUAUAACUACAGCAGCAAAAGGAAAAAAAAUAAUAAUUAAAAUGCCAUAAUGCAAAAAAAACGGCCUCUUUACAUAAAGAAAGAAUGGACGUUAUUAGAAACCUGGCACUCUUGUCAUCAGAAAUCUGUCCUAAAAAAAAAAAAUCUUAUCACCAAUCCUUCAUUUUUACAAGGUUCAACAGAGGAAGACAAUCGGGUCUAUUCCAACUCAUCCAUUAUCAUUAUUAUUUUUUUAUACUGAAAACAACAAAAUAUUAGAAAGAAAAAAAAAAGAAACAAACAUAGCAGAAGAGCGUAUACAAAGUGACUACAGCUCCGAUCCACUCUAACUGGUUUUCCAUCCCAUCUCGUUUGAUAAAAA